AAAAAUUCGUUAUCCCCUUCCGCUGGCUCCUUCUUCUUUAUCCGCCUGAGCUUCGAUUGCAAGAGUUUGCGUUAGAGCAGUGAGGUAGUUCAACAUAAUGGCACUUUCCAUUUCUUCCCUUACAGCUUCCUUCUCAUCUCUCGCGUUCUCCUCCCAUAUUUCCCAGAGACCGCACAGCCUCUCUUUUGGAAGAACCCACUCCAUCUCAAUCUCCCACGUGUCCCGGAUCCCCUCGCUGGUUGCAUCCGCCGCGGUCGCCUCUCCGGCGGAACUGGAAACGGAUGACCUGAAGAAAUACGUAAAAUCGAGACUUCGGGGGUUCGCUGCUCAAACAAUCAUAGGCACCGGUCGUUAUUUAUGCAAUAUUUUCUUUGCUCAGGAAUAUCUUCAGGGAAAUCCAUUGUGGCUUCAGUACAUUAGGGUCCCGUUAAUAACUUUGGGAUAUGAAAAUAGUUACGAUGUAUUUGUCAAAGCUGAGGGCGGUGGCCUCUCUGGUCAGGCUCAAGCAAUCUCCCUUGGUAUUGCUCGGGCCUUACUAAAGGUGAGUGAAGACCAUAGAUCGCCUCUGAGACAAGAAGGGCUUUUGACCAGAGAUUCAAGAGUGGUCGAGAGGAAGAAAGCUGGUCUGAAGAAAGCUCGUAAAGCUCCCCAGUUUUCAAAACGUUAAGGUCUGAAGAUUACAUGUAUAGUUUGUCUCCCAUGUUCUGGAGUUUGAUUGUAUUUGAAAGUAUCAAUUGGUUUUCCCGUGUAGGCAUCUUUUUAGAAGCGGGAUGAGACAGGGUUGGCCGGAUGGAGAAUCUCAACAGAAUGGAGUAGAGAACAACUGAAGCAUUCCAAAGUGCUUGGGAGUUGGGAUGCGGAAAUCCUAUUAAUUUAUUACCCCUCUAUUCGUGUGUGUACCAAUGAUUUGGUAAAUACAGCAUUAGCUUGUUAUUUUUCUCGCUUACCCCACCCGCCAUGCUGUCUCGCAGGUUUUUUGUGAUAUCUCUGUAAUCUUCAUUCCUUUUGCAUGUGUAUUGAUUCCUGGCGUUAGCUAUUGAAUUUCUUCUUUAACUCUUAGUACGCAGCAGGUUAUCAGCGGAGAGGUGCGAAAUUUCUGAAUAUCUCCAAUAACUGUAUAAUAUGAAUGUCAAGUUGGUAUUUUGAUAACUUGUUAAUGAUAUACUUGGAUAAGUAU